AUGGUCAUUGUAGCUGUGGCCGGUGGCACUGGGGGAGUCGGUAAAACGAUUGUCGAGACCUUGGUGGGGAAUUCCGAGCACCAAGCCAUUGUGUUGACUCGCAGCGAACCCAAAUCAGAUCCUGCUUUGGAUAGAACUCGACAAGUGCAGGUAGACUACGAUGAUAUUCCCUCUCUUGUCGAAGUCCUGGAGCAGCAUGCUAUCCAUACCAUCAUAUCCGCAAUUGGGAUCUUCGAUGCCACGACCAGUCAAUCUCAGUUAAACCUCAUCCAGGCCGCGGAGAAAUCCAGCGUUACUAGAAGAUUCAUUCCUAGCGAAUACUCUUUUAUUCAAACCAGAGAGUAUUCCCCUCUUAGUGAUGUCCUGUUUCUGCUCCCCGUUGACCCCAGCAUCGAACAUUGGCUCGAUGCCGCUGAGCUCCUCCAGAAAAGUUGCCUUCAGUAUACGCGGGUCAUACCCGGCUUUUUCAUGGACUACUGGGGCAUGCCUGUGGUGCGCACGAAUCUCACACCCUGCACCUUUGGCAUCAACAUCCAGCACUGCCAGGCUGCCAUCCCGGGCGACGGAAAUGACGUGAUUUGCAUGACCUAUACAUACGAUAUGGCAGCGUUCCUGGUCAAAUUAUUAGAUGUUGCGGACUGGCCUGAAUUCAGCGUUGUUGUUGGCGACGAGGUCACGUACAAUCAGAUUCUGGAGAUGGCCGAGGAGAUUCGAGGUGUGAAGUUCCAGGUCACUUAUGACAGUAAAGAGAGUAUCAAGGACGGGCAGGUCACUAUUCCUCCAAUGCCCGAAGGGAAUCUGUCCUCUUCAGAGGAGCUGAAAGAGAUGACUGCCUUGGUGAGCCGACUGACGAUAGCCGGUGUUUUCAAGCUACCAGAUGAAAAUCGACUGAACGAUAAAUUCCCUGAUCUACAACCAGUAAAGAUGAAGCAAUUCCUACAAGAUGCUUGGAAAGACUACCAAAGGAAGCAAAUAGCAUUCGAAUAA